AUGAUCCACAGGACUGGAAAUUGCGGAACCUGUACACCUCGACAAGUAGCCAAGCUAAGAGGCCCAGCCAAAAACACUUGUCCAUUGCAACGACCCUUCUUUAAGCCAAAGUUAUUUCACCAACAUCAGCAUUUCCACUACUUUUCCCGUCAAAUACAUGACAUGUCAAUCCAGUCAAGCGAGACGUAUUGCGAUCUGUUGCCCCAAGCAAAGCGUAAUCUUUCCCGCCAUCAGUUCAUGCAUUUGUCAGCUCUGAGUCCCUUAGACGGCACCUCUUGUCUGCCGUCAAAAGUGACGAAUGACCCGAACAAGUCGUCGCAUGCGCGAGGAGAGCAAAGGUUCGUUGGAAGGAUGAAGAAAAGCAAGAUUCCAAUACAGAAAAACGAGCGAUCCGAAGAGCGAAAUGACACUCCUUCCUCGGAUGACUUGUCGUCCGUGGCGACCCGAUCAUCAAAGACAGUAACCGAGCAAGUGAACAUCGUGGAGUAA